AUGACAUUAUCCAGACUCCGACGAAUACUCACCUGGGGCCACACGAAGGAACCAAGCUCAGACCCCGGACCAAAAGAGACACCCCAUCCAAAUAUGUGGGAACGCGAUGAAAAGAACGGAGCAUUCAACUCUUUGAGUGAGGUCGCUGCUCCGUAUCCCGUUGAGCGCGUGACGGACGAUGAGCAAGCCCGUCGCGAGUCGCUCGAGAGAAACAUCUCGCAGCCACAUUCGCGCCCCAAUCUUUCCAAUAACUAG